AUGGUAAAGCAGGAACAAGUUCAAACUUGUGAAAUUGCUACGAGAUACAAUCUAGCUGAUAUGCUGACCAAGUCAGUUUCGCUUGAGAAGCCACUUCAUGGAUCCCUCCUGCAGUACGGCAACCUGUUCAGAUACACUCCUCACAGGGGAUUUUUUGGAAAUGAUUCCUUCUUUUAUACAUUCUCUGACACAAAUCAGAACAAUGCUACUGGCACAACUUUCAUCUCUGUACUCUGUCGACCACCUCAGUUUGUUUCUUUACCUGUUCGAUUGCACGUGAUUGAAGAUGUUAUCAACCCCAAAUUUGGUGGUUUCACCGGACUUGAAAUAAUGUAUUCCGAUUUCUGGGAAAAUGUCUCUUUGACUAUCAGGGCACAAUCUGGCACUGCCUUUCUUGCUCCCAUGCAGAUGCAAUUUCGCCAUCAAUUUGAAAGUUUGCCUUCAGUGAGUAGAGGCGGUAAAUUGCAAAAGGAUUUGAUCUUAUUUGGUCGUGUUGAAAUGAUCAACUAUGCUCUUCAAUCGAUUCAAUAUCUUGGAAAUGAGAACUUCUAUGGAAAUGAUAUUAUCAGUUUGCAUACAAUGAACAAAAAUGGAGUUGAAACUUCCCGUGUUUCAGUUUUUGUGGAGCCUAUUAAUGAUCCGCCAAUUAUAUAUGCUCCCAAAUUCAUAAUCUUAGGGAGGAAAGAAGCAAGUAAUGGACUACAGAUUUUUGACAAACAAAGAGAUACUUUUGAAUUCUCAAUCGGAGAUACAGAUAUUUUUAGUUUCCCUGGAAACAAGUCUCACCUUGCGGUCAUAAUCUCCUUGGAAGUAAAUGAUGGAGUUUUAUCGACCAGUCUGCCAGGUCAUCUUAUCAAGACAGCUGAACUGAAGACAACAAGCAGCAGUCAAUGGAAACCCCUUCAGACUUUUGUUACCAUUUCAAACCAUUUUGUUCUUAAAGGUAAAGGAAUUAGGUUUCAAGGGACAGCUGGGGAUUGCAACAAUGCAAUGCAACAAUUGUUUUAUCAUGGUGCACAUCAAGGUGCUAUAUUGACUAUCACUGUGAAUGAUUUGGGAAAUUACGGAUGCUAUCUAGAUUGUACAGACAUGACAUCAUUACCGUUUUGUACUGAAGUUACUGUAAAUCUGAUAAAGACGAGACCUAUUGGUUCAUUGACAGCACUUUUGCUUGGAUCAGCAAUAAUUCUUGAGAUUGUUAUGAUGCUUCUCCUUGGUGGAGCACUUCUACUCUUUAUUUGCAAAUGCAUGACUGCUCUUCACAGGGAAAGAAGUGACGAGAACCGCAGAAAACGAGAACCUCCAAGAGAAGAACAAAUUGAUAACUAAAAUAUAGAUGGGAGACGUGCAUCUCAAAAUAUAACAAGUUCAAAUGGAAGCACAAGUCCCUUCUCGCUAUCAUGGCAGAAAUCCAUUCCAGCAUCGGUUCAUGAAAAAUUUUAACUGCAGAUCGAAGAAUCAGCGUUUGUUUUGUUUUGUUUUGUUUUUUGUUUUCGUUUUCUUUUUUAAAUUAUCACGAUAAACAGCUAGCUAUCUGAUUAUGGAUGGUUCGAGUCUCGUAUAUUUGUUAGGAAAGUGGCUUCUCAUAGAGUCGCUACUAAUACAAUGUAUAUUUCCCUUUUACUUCUUUUUUCUUUUGAUAACAAGGACAAUGCCAGGAAAUAAAAUUU